GUAUCAUGUUAACUAUAGGAGUAUCGAAAAUAAAUAAAACCUGCCUUGAUGUCGUCGGGGAAAGGACCGGACUCCGCAAUUGACUAUUUUUCACCGAUUUAGGCCGGAAGACAGAAGGAAAUUGCCCUAAAAUGGAAAAUAGAAAACCGGAAAUGCCACUGGAACCCCCGCCUUUCGAGGAAGCAGCUCGCUGCGACGUCUGCAAAUGCAGCUUCAACACUUUCCGGCGUCGGCAUCAUUGCCGUUGUUGUGGGAGGACAUUAUGCAAUGAACAUUCAUCAAAUCAAAUGGCUUUACCUCAAUUUGGCAUACAUUCAGCUGUUAGAGUUUGUGCAGAUUGUUUCAAUAACUCCACACGAUUUGAGAAGACUGAACCACAGGCUUCUUCAUAUGGAGUUGAUUCUGUAUCAGACAAUGUUUCAAGAUUAGACAUUGGUGUAGAUCAAGGUUCAAAAACUGAACCAAUCACACAGCAUCAACCUGCCACAGGCAUUCCAGAUUGCAAAUGCGGGAUGCCUUUAUGCAUCUGUGAAGCUCCAGCACCAUCUACAGAUGCAGUAGUGCCACAGACAAAGCCCACUUCAUCACUUACAGUUUCAUCAGUUUCAAAACCAAAAAAGACAGACGCUGUUCCAAGGAGUAGAGGGUCUACUUCAAACAGCAAACCUAGCUCAAUUUUCAAUCCCGGUCUGGUGACUAAUGGCAAUGAAGAUAAACCUCAAGUGGACUAUGAAGUAAAUGGAGAGGGUUUAAGAGAAGCUAUUAAGAAUGGUGAUACAGCUGCAGCCAAGAGGCUUCUUAGUGAGGGUGUUGAUGCAAACUACCAUGACAAACAAGGAUCAUCUUUACUGCAUUUGGCGGCAUUAUUUAAUCAAACAGAUAUAGCUUUUGCCCUCAUGGAAUGUGGAGCAAGUGUGGACUAUAAGAAUGCACAAGGGGAAACACCGCUUGAUUGUGCUCCAGCAACUUUGCAAUACAAGAUGCGAAUGAAAUUGAAAGAGAGAGACUAGCAUGGCCUAGAUCAGAGCGUCUGAGAGAAAACACAACUUUCUCUAACUAUGAGCUACAAGAACAAGCUUCAGUUUACCUAGAGACUUUCUCUUGAUCAGGUGCUGGUUGGGGUUGUUGUGUGCAGUAUGGUACCAGUACAGAAACUUCAACAUACGGAGUUUUGAUAAAAAAAAAAAAAAAAAGAAGUCCUCUUCCAAGUCAAUAAUAGUCUGUUUAUGUCUGCCGCAAAGAAGAUUAUUGAGUUCACAUGUGUGCUUGUAAACCUGUUUUGGUAGGGCCUGGAAUACGUUUGAAGCUGUCUUCUUUGUUUGUAUAGAUAAGAAUAAGACCAAACAUAUUUUGGUUAAUCCUAAGCGGAUUACCUAGGAUGCUUUUGUCGUCUCCUUAUCAUCACGAUGUUUGCUGAAGUAUGUUACAGCUUGUCCAGCUACCUGCUACUUUAACUGACAUGCAAAUAUAACAGCAGCCAUCUCUUUUUAUGUCAAUCUGACAUGGAUUACGGUUAAGGUCAAAUGUACAUGUCAUGCAAUAGACUUGGGUAACGUUU